CAGAAAGUCGGGGAGGAGGGAAACUGGGAUUGGUUAGAUGCAGAUGUGAAAAAUCGCAAAACCAACAAGCAGGUCUUCUGAGCCUCAGACAACACGACUGACGCAAAGCAACAUGAGCGACCUUAAGAUCAAAAGUGAAAGUGCGCAGCUAUCGGGGGCAAAAGAGUUGAUUGAACAAGCUCAAAAUGCCAAACAGUUUUCCUACAGUCCCUACAGCAAGUUCAGAGUUGGGGCGGCUGUUCUGACACACGACGGGAAAGUUUUUACAGGCUGUAAUGUGGAAAACGCUUGCUACCCCUUGGGAAUCUGUGCAGAGGGUGUCACCAUUUCAAAAGCUGUAUCAGAGGGAUUUAGAGAUUUCAAAGCCAUCGCAAUUGCAAGUGAUAUGAACGACCAAUUUAUUUCUCCUUGUGGUGGCUGCAGGCAGUUCAUGAGAGAGUUUGGUGCUAACUGGAUCGUGUAUUUGUCCAAAGCUGAUGGCUCCUAUAUGGAAAUGAAAGUUGCGGAACUACUGCCUGUGUCUUUCGGACCGGACGACUUAAAAGAGAAGCAAAUUAAGGUUUUAAAAUAAGUCUGAUUUUAUAGAGGAUUUUAGACAAGAAUGUGACUUAUAUGAGGAUCUAUACCUGAAAUGUUAGAGGUGUUAAAGGAAUAGUUCAAACAAAAAUAAACAUUUUGUAAUCAUAUCACAUUUAAGUUGUUCCAAAUCUGCCCCCAGAUCUGGGGCACCAUUGAUUUCAAUUAGUGACGUUUCUAGGCAUAGGCGAACAAGGCGGAAUGAAUGAUUUCAAAAUGAGCACUGCAACAAAAUUAAAGAUAAAUUCUAAAUGUUGUGUGUUUAACAAAGAAUGGACAGCAAAAUAUUUCACCAGCAUCAGACAGAAGGUGGGAUGUCCUUUGUUUUAUCACAUAUUUUUUCAUGAUAAUUGAUAUGUAAUAAUUAUUAAGCAAUGCACUUGUGAUGAUUUGCCCUUAAAAAUGAAGGAUUAUUAAACUAUAGUAAACAUAGUGAAAUCUAUAUGUACCCUUUGUAAAUUUACUAUGUUCUUACCAUAAUAACAAUAGUAAUUUAUUUGUAAAACUAUGGUAAUGCAACUAGCAAUUAAUCUGCUAAAAUCAUGGUUACUACAAAAAUAAAGCUAUGGUAAAUUUUCCUUACGAUGAUAACUUUAAAUAUGGCUCACAAUCAGUGUUGGGUAAGUUACUCAAAAAAAGUAAUUAAUUAUUUUAUUACUUUCUAAAUCCUAUUUAGUACAUGAUACAAGGCUUGAAAUGGCUCGAAGAAAUUAUAUAUACAAGUACAUCAAUUAUUCUGGUCCCACUUUAGGGUCCAAUUCUCUCUAUUAACUAACUAUUAACUACUUUUGCCUCAAUAUACUCCAACGACUGCUUAUUAAUACUAAAGUAUUGGUACAAAUAGGGAGGGUUAAGGAUGUGGAAUAAGGUUUUGCAGAAUCAGGCAUUAAUAUGUGAAGAGUUUCGUCGUAAAACGAGAUAAAUCCAUUUUUUUUUUGUCAAAACAUGUUUAUUAUUAUGUUAUCAUGUUAUUAUUUUGUUUUAUGGUGCUACUUAGCUGUAUUUUUUAAGUUAUGAAGGUUUAAAUCCAAGCAAACUAACUGCAGUUGAAUUGAUGUUAACAAAAAAAAACCACGAGAUUUCUGAACAAUGAAAAAAACGGAGUUAUCUCGUUUUGCAACGAAACACUUCAUGUGCUAAGUUUUAAUAAACAGCCAGCAUCUCAUUAAUAUUAAUGCUUAUAAUCAACCAGUUAAAAGUGAGAAUUGUAAAAUUAAACCAUGUUAAAUCCACUAUUGCAUUAUAGUAUACAUCAUUGUUUUAGAGUCCAUAUACAGUAUUUAUCAGAUUACAGCAGGGGUCUCAAACUGGCUUGGGGCCAUUUCUGAGAUUGACAUUUCAUCGGAGAGCCGCAGAGCUAUUUUAAGGUUAAAAAAGUACCAUAUUUUUCUGUAAAUGUACUGUUUAAAUUCUAUUAUUUCAUGUAUAAUAUCGCAGUGUUUUUAUCUUUUAAAUAUACAUUAUUUUAUUAAAGUAAGUAAAUCAUUUCUUAACCUUAUCUUUAACAACUAAAGCCUAUUAAAACCUUGCACUAAACUAACAAAUUACAUUUCUGUAUACAUUUAUAAAUAUUAUAAAAAAAACAUCA